CCCAACGGCUUUGUCUGUUUCUCAUCUCCGGAAGAGGCUACCAAAGCGGUCACAGAGAUGAACGGACGCAUCGUGGGCUCCAAGCCACUCUACGUCGCCCUGGCCCAGAGGAAGGGAGAGUGGAAGGCUCACCUGACCAACCAGUACAUGCAGCGCGUGGCUGGCAUGAGAGCGCUCCCCGCCAAUGCCAUCUUAUAUCAGUUCCAGCCUGUAGCUGGCUGCUACUUUGUGCCAGCAGUGCCACAGGCACAGUGAAGACCUCCAUAUUACCCUAACCAGUUAGCACAGAUGAGACCUAAUCCACGCUGGCAGCAAGGCGGGAGACUUCAAGGCUUCCAAGGACUGCCGAGUGCUCUGCGGCAGUCUGGGCCUCAUCCGGCUCUUCGCCAUCUGGCUCCAACUGGUAAUGCUCCAGCCUCUCGUGGCUUUCCUACCACCGCUCAGAGAGUCGAGUCUGAGUGCCCGGACCGCUUGGCUAUGGACUUUGGUGGGGCUGGUGCCGUCCAGCAAGGGCUGACUGACAGCUGCCAGUCUGGAGGCGUUCCUGAGGCUGUACCAAACCUUGUGCCUCGUGCUACGGUUGCUGCUGCUGCUCCCAGGGCUGUGGCUCCACACAAAUACGCCUCCAGCGUCCGCAACCCUCACCCUGCCAUUCAGCCGCUGCAGGCCCCGCAGCCUGCAGUCCAUGUCAGGGGUCAGGAACCCCUGACGACCUCUAUGCUGGCCGCAGCACCGCCCCAGGAACAGAAGCAGAUGCUGGGGGAGCGAUUGUUACCACUUAUCCAAACAAUGCAUUCAAAUCUAGCUGGAAAGAUCACAGGGAUGCUGCUGGAGAUUGACAACUCUGAGCUACUGCACAUGCUGGAGUCCCCUGAGUCCCUCUGUUCCAAGGCGGAUGAAGCUGUGACAGUCCUACAGGCUCAUCAUGCCAAGAAAGAAGCUGCCCAGAAGGUGGGCACUGUUGUUGCUGCUGCUGCUACCUCUUAGACAAGGAAAAAGAGUCAAAAGCCAAAUAACCCCUCAUGGCGUUCAGCCGAGGUCUGAGGACGUCCUGGUUGCUCUGUGGACCUCCACACCAAGAACCAUGCGCUGCAAAUUCAAUAGGUCAUUUUGUAUCCAAAGAUCAAU